AGUACUUUAUAAAAAAUGGGAAACUUCAAGUUCGACAUGGAGUUAGUCAAGAAAUUGCUGGCCGAAUUUACGGGUACAGCUAUGUUAAUGACGCUUGGAUGUACGAUAUCGCAAUUUACGAAAUCGAGCGUUGAAACAUCGCUAGGUUGGGGCUUCUCCUAUGUGGCAGCGAUGCAUACAUUUGCCUUCCUCAGCGGUGCUCAUCUGAAUCCCUGGGUCAGUGUCUGUGCCACGAUCGUCGGUGUAAUGGAAUGGCAACUGAUGUUGUUCUAUUUCCUCUGUCAAUUUAUUGGUGCAUUGGCUGGUUUUGGUUUGGCCUAUGCGGCAUUUCCAGAUAAUAGCGGCGACGUCUGUCUCACCAUGAUUGGUGACCAUGUCGAUGAAUGGAAGGUUAUAUUCAUCGAGCUCUUUCUCUGCGCAUUUCUAUUGUUCGCAUUCUGUGCCAUUUGGGAUAAGCGUAGCAAUGCGGCCUAUGAUUCCCUUUCCCUACGCAUUGGAUUUAUAGUUGCCGGUCUAACGUUUGCUGGACAAGCUUACUCUGGCUGCAGUUUGAAUUUUGCUCGAUCUCUGGCACCCGCAGUGAUCCAAUUAAAAUUCAACGGUAUUUGGACCUAUUUGGUGGGUCAAUUAAUCGCCGCAAUUCUUGUUCCUGUUCUCUGGCGUUUCGUGAUAGCCCAGGAGGAACCGGAAAAAAUGGAAUAAUCUACUUUUGAAAUGCUUUGUAAACUAAUUUAUUUAAAUUAUUUAGAGUGUAAAUCGCAUAUAAGUAAGGCGAUAUCCAGAAAAUUGUCAAAGUAUUCGUCACAAGUUCGAAAAUAAACAAUGUUGACAAUAUA